AUGUUAAAGUCCUACACCCCAGGGGCACUUCUUGCCAAGCGGGAUCGUGGAACCGACAAAACUCGGCCAAUCCGUGGAACCAACGAGAUCAGCUCUGAGGAGAGUGUUUCAAGACUGCGUGGACCAAGGGUGGAGCAUCCUCCUGCAGGCUCAGCCUCGGUCCACUGCCGGAGUUUGACUCCGUGUGCGCUCCUUUUUGGGGCCGCUGCCGAUUCUCUAUCCGCGGCGCUGCUAGCUUCCUUGUCGGCUCCACCGGAUGACCUCGGGAUGGACCCGUGGAAUGACAUGUGGAGUCCACGCAAAACUGUGGACCGUCAGGAGCUGGUCUGA